AUGGCGAGGAAUUCAGUAGAACAACUGUCAGGAGGUGAAUCCAGCAGUGCCGGAUACGGCGGAGGGGUUGGAGGUGGAGGAGGGGUUGGAGGUGGAGGAGGGGUUGGAGGUGGCGGGUUUGGGGGCGGAUACAGUUCAUUGGACGAGAACGCAAUGUUUGAACCUCCAGAUGUAUUUUGUGCACUUGGGUCACUCAUUGUAGAGGGUAGACUUCCGGGUGAGCAUCCCGCUCCUCUACACUGGAAGGGUGGGACAGGACGUGGAGGGGGUAGAGGACUGGUUGGAGAAGGACAGUAUGGUGGAGGUGAGGGUGUAGGGAAGGGAGGUGGACGAGGCUAUCAAGAAGGUCCUCAUGUAGAACUACCAGGCAGGAUAUCCAGGCAUAGAUGCUCCUCGGAACAAUACUUG